UCCCCUUUCUGUGGGGCUGCUGACAUAAGAGUCCUGUGACAGCGACGGCCAGCCUCCCAGGGGCCACACCCUGUGUGUCUGUCUGUUCAGACAACACUGUGGCCUCCUGCAUCUGCACGCAGGGUGCAAAGAGAGGAGACGCCAUGACCCCCAAGCUCAGGGCCCUGCUCUGCCUCGGUGAGAUGGGAGGAAGGGGAGGAUGGAGGGGACCCGUGGUCUGGAAGGGACCUUGCCCAACAGCCAAGCCCUGGUCUGUCAGGAUCCCAGGACUCAGCAGUCUCAUUUGGAGGAGGAUUCUGCUCAAGGUUCAGGGAAAAUCUCUCACAGGGACUCUCUUCCAGGGCUGAGUGUGGGCCUCAGGAUCCCAGUGCAGGCAGGGCCCCUCCCCAAGCCCACCCUCUGGGCUGACCCAGGCCCUGUGAUCCCCCGGGGAAACCCUGUGACCAUCUGGUGUGAGGGGACCCCAGGGGCUAAGGAGUACCUUCUGGAGAAAGAGGGAAGCCCAGAACCAUGGAAUAUACAGAAGCCACAGGAUCCCAGGGAAAAGGCCAAUUUUUCCAUCACACACAUGACAGAGUAUGAUGCAAGGAAAUAUCAUUGUUACUAUCGCAGCCCCACUGGCUGGUCAGAGCGCAGUGACCCCCUGGAGCUGGUGGUGACAGGAUCCUACAGCAAACCCAGCCUCUCAGCCCUGCCCAGCCCUGUCGUGCCCUCAGGAGGGAACGUGACCCUCCAGUGUGGCUCAGGGCAGGGAUUUGCCAGGUUCCUUCUGACUAAGGAAGGAGAUCACAGGCUCUCCUGGACCGUGGACUUACACUUUUACCCCAAUGGGCAGUCCCAGGCCCUGUUUCCUGUGGGCCCCGUGACCCCCAGCCACAGGUGGAUAUUCAGAUGCUAUGGCUGUUCCAGGAACAGCCCCCAUGUGUGCUCACACCCCAGUGACCCCCUGGAGCUCCUGGUCCCAGGUGAGUCUGGGAAGCCCUCCCUCCUGAGCCAGCAGGGCCCCAUUGUGGCCGCUGGACAGAGCCUGACCAUCCAGUGUCGCUCUGAUGUCGGCUAUGACAGAUUCGCUCUGCACAAGGAGCGGGGACAGGUCCUCCCCCAGAGCCUUGUCCUGCAGCCCCAGGCUGGGCUCUCUCAGGCCCACUUCCCCCUGGACACUGUGGGGGAGACUCAGAGAAACAGAGACAGAGAGGAGGGCAGCCCUCACCCUCCCUCCCUCUCUCUAGGAUGGCUGCGUGACAGACCCUCCCUCUCGGUGCAGCCAGGCCCCAGGGUGGCCUCAGGAGAGAACGUGACCCUGCUGUGUCAGUCACAGAGCCCGAGGGACACGUUCCUUCUGUCCAAGGAGGGGGCAGCUGGUCCCCCCAAGCGUCUUACAUCAAAGCAUCGAGGUCGGCAGUACCAGACAGAGUUCUCCAUGAGUCCUGUGACCUCAGCUCAUGGGGGCACCUACAGGUGCUACAGCUCACACAGCUCCUCCCCCUACCUGCUGUCACUCCCCAGUGAACCUCUGGAGCUCCUGGUCUCAGGUGAGGGCCCCUGACCCUGUCUGCUGAGCUGUCAGCUCAGGGUCCU